GUGGUGUUAUCAUACCUCGGUUUUGAGUUGAGUAGGAAAAAUGACGGCUCAGAAAUGAGUAACGAAUUGGGAAUGUCUGAUAAAAAUAAUUUGUUCAUUGCCUUUCAGUUAUUCCUGUUAGUUAUUUUGUGCCAAUUAUAAAUUAGCAACCGCAAAGGGAAGUCGCUGGGAUUUUGUAGUACCACUUUAUUUUUAUUUAAUUAAUUAAUAUUCAAAGAACGUCCAGCCAACUAUAAGCUAGCUAGUUGGAAAAUGUUACUUUUCGGAUCGGUCCUUAUAUAUCUCUUGCUGAAUCUGCAAUCUUUGAGUGCUGAGAUUGCCGACUGCAGUUUCUUUGAUACCGUAGAUAUCUCGGAGGGCCAGAGGCUCUCGAAUGGAUCAUACCUCUACGAAGGAUUACUCAUUCCCGCUCAUUUGACGGCUACGUAUGAAUUCAAGCUUCUGGCGAACGGAGAUAAGGAGCAGGUGCCAAGUCACGUGAGAGGAUGUGUUUGCAAGCUGAGGACGUGCGUCAGGUUUUGCUGCCCACAUGACCACAUAAUGGAUGAGGGCGGAUCCUACGCCAACAUGACGACGGAGGAGGCCGCAUUACUGGACCCAAUCCUAAAUGUAACUCUGGACGACGGAUCAGUGGUGCAAAGGCACUUUAAGAAGGAGCUCAUGGUGCAGUGGGAUCUGCCAUUGCCCUGCGAUGAUAUGUUUUACCUAGACAACCGGGAUAACAUUGCUGGAUCUAUAGUGGGUUCUGUUUUGUAUCCGGCUUGUGGGACCUGCAAACCAUUCUCUUUCUUUCCACCCUCAGCUAAAAGCUGGUCUGCAAUGCUGUACUUCUAUGGACCGAUGGUGCUACUGAUUCUCUUCAACAUAACUAUGUUUGUUCUGACGGCUAAACACCUAAUAGAUUCCAAGAGGACUAUGCGAAAGUUUGCUCGCCAGGAAGGCAGAAUACAGAAGCUGAAUUCGGACAAACAGAAUUACACACUAUUUCUGCUGCUCUUCACUGCAAUGGGAAUGUCGUGGAGCUUUAAAAUAUUCUCCUUCUUGGUGCAACGCGACAACCUGUGGGUCAAUGUCUUUCUGGUAGCUGACUACUUCAACUGGUCCCAAGGCAUCAUUAUAUUUAUGCUAUUUAUUCUGAGGCGCAAAACUCUUGUACUGUUCAAGCAACAAAUAUUUCCCAAAGAGAGGAUCUUUAGUAUGAGAUCAACUGCAACUCAAAGUACGCUUGCUGAUUCCAUCUCUCACCAUUAAACAAAAAGGCAAUUUAAUAUGACAUAGUAUUCUUUUCUCUUCAAAUUAAUCUAUUUGCUAGUAAAGUAUACAAUUUUUUCUCCUAAAUCAUGUAACAUAUUUUCAAUCACAAAAUGUAUGAAUAUAUUUUUUAUAUGACGUACUAUACAUCCGGACUCGAAUAGUUUUGCCGUUACUUCUUAAUGAUAAAUAAUCAUUAUAUAUCCGUUACUCUUUAGUAAAAAGGAAUACUAAAUACUUUGAAGAGUAUGUAACAGAUAAAAAUAUGCUCUUUGGAUAUAUAUGCACGAGUAUAUGCCAGCUCAGACCUCUGAUUAUAGCCAUAUCCGUCUGUAAGUCGAGAUCUAUACUAUAAGUGCUAGAACAAUAAGCAUAUAUAUUACCAUUAACUGGGUAAAGGCUGGGGAAAGGUUACAUAUAUGCUAGUCGGGAAAAUCUACUAUGGUGUAUCACAAUAUAUUUUACUCAUCAUUUCCUAAUCAAUCUAUAUUAAAAGUUAACUUUGAGCAAAGGAGAAACCUUGUAUGCUUAUAAAAAAAAUUAAUCAAAACUAUGACUCAAGGCUGAAAGUAGUUGCAUUUGUAUGGAAAUAAAAUAAGUUGUAAAUCUA